CCUAGCUAGUCUCUGUCAUCUCCUGAUGUGCCUGGAGAAACUGGAUUUCAGAUACUUUGCGACUCUAGACCAGUACCAGCAGGCCCUCAACUACACCAACGCACUGGUUCACAAGACUGAGAUGGUCUUCAGCAGCCACUUGGCCUACUGCCCACCUCCUGCGAAGAAGCCAAAGAAGAAGGCAACGACCAUCCUGGGCUGUUGGCUGCCAUGGUGGUUUGUGUUUGUAGGCUGGUUCCUGUUGCUGUCCAUCAGCGGCAUUUCAACUUUCUUCACCUUGUUGUAUGGCUUUCAGUACGGCAAGGAGAAGUCCAUCAAGUGGGUCAUGUCUCUGGGCCUCUCCCUUUUCGAAAGCAUCUUUAUUCUGCAGCCUCUAAAGGUGAUAGGCGUUGCUGUGAUUUUCGCCCUGCUGCUCAAACCUGUAGCUGUAGACGAGAGUGAAGAAGUUGAGCAAGUCCUGUUAGAGCAACAGGAAAAGUGCAGACAGUACAGCGGCAGGGACACAAUGUGAGGUUACUGCAUUUGACGACAUGAGCUGACUCCUCUGACAUGCACAGCUGCGACACA